AUGGCAACAACAGCUCUGACCGGGUUCUCUAUGAUGAGUCUCCUCAGCCUUGGGUACCUGACCUGGGAUAUGAUGAGUCCUAACCAGGUGGAAAACGAGCCUGACAUAACUUUUUUAGACAGGUCUCCUGUGCCGCAGCCUCCUCACAUAAUUUUCAUCAUGACAGACGAUCAGGGAUUCAACGACAUCGGCUACCACAGCUCUGACAUCAGGACACCGGCACUGGAUAAACUGGCAGCAGGCGGAGUGAAGCUGGAGAACUAUUACAUCCAACCUAUCUGCACUCCGUCCCGAAGUCAGCUCAUCACUGGCAGGUAUCAAAUCCACACUGGCCUGCAACACUCCAUCAUCCGGCCCCGCCAGCCCAACUGCCUGCCCUUCGACCAGGUCACCCUCCCUCAGAGACUGCAGGAACUUGGCUACUCCACCCACAUGGUUGGCAAGUGGCACCUGGGCUUCUACAAGAAGGAGUGCCUGCCUACCCGCCGUGGCUUCGACACAUACUUUGGCUCCUUAACAGGCAGUGUGAACUACUACACAUACGACUCCUGCGAUGGCCCCGGGCUGUGUGGUUUCGACCUGCACGAGGGGGAAUCAGCCGCCUGGGGCCAGGGAGGGAAAUACUCCACCCAUCUCUACACUCAGAGAGUCCGCAAGAUCCUGGCAACCCAUGAUCCUCAGUCCCAACCGCUGUUCAUCUUCCUCUCCUUCCAAGCUGUUCAUACUCCACUGCAGUCUCCGCGGGAAUAUAUCUACCCAUACCGCGGCCUAGGAAAUGUGGCACGACGGAAAUAUGCUGCUAUGGUCUCGGCUGUUGACGAGUCUGUUCGUAAUAUAACAUACUCUCUCCGCAAGUACGGAUACUACCAGAACAGUGUCAUUGUCUUCUCCACGGAUAACGGAGGUCAGCCUUUGUCUGGUGGAAGUAACUGGCCUCUCAGAGGUCGUAAAGGCACUUACUGGGAAGGUGGCAUCCGUGGUCUUGGUUUCGUCCACAGUCCUCUUUUAAGGAAAAAGAGGAGGGUGAGUAAAGCCCUGGUGCACAUCACUGAUUGGUACCCAACAUUGGUGGGAUUAGCAGGGGGCAAUGAGUCCCUGACAGAGGGGCUGGAUGGGUAUGAUGUCUGGGAAGCCAUCAGUGAGGGGAAGGAGUCGCCCAGGUUGGAAAUCCUCCACAAUAUUGACCCUCUUUAUAACUAUGCACGCAGCGGAUCUCUGCAAAAAGGAUACGGGAUUUGGAACACAGCAGUGCAGGCCUCCAUACGAGCCGGAGACUGGAAACUUCUAACAGGAGACCCUGGCUAUGGAGACUGGACUCCCCCACAGAUGCUUCCAGGUUUCCCUGGCAGCUGGUGGAACCUGGAGCGCCACACCAGGCCAAUGAAAUCGGUGUGGCUUUUCAACAUCUCUGGAGACCCCUACGAACGUUUUGACCUUUCCGAGCAGAGGCCAGACGUCGUCAAAGAGCUGUUGGCAAGGUUGGUGUAUUACAAUCGCACUGCAGUGCCAGUAAGGUACCCCUCAGAGGACUUACGGGCUGACCCCCACCUAAAUGGAGGAGCCUGGGGACCCUGGGUAGGAGAUGAGGAAGAGGACAGCUGGGAAAGUGUCUACAAAAAAGAGAACAGUGAUUGGAAGAAGAAGCUUAAACUAUCCAAAAGCAGGUCGUUUUUCAGGAGACUUAACACAAGGAUCAUGUCCAACAGGAUCUGAAAAAGGACACCACUGAAGAGGGUUCAGAGGAGACACCCUUGGACAAGUAUAGGAUACAA